ACCCAUCACCACACCCCUCCCUUGUUUCUACUCUACACAAAAAUCCUCCUCCGCCAUUAUCCAUCCACCACCGCCGCCACUACCACCGGAACUUUAAUAAUAAUCAAAUACCCCACGGCGGAGCACGAAGAUUUUUCCACACUCGAAUCUCUUAUCUCCUCCACAAAAUUCCACAUUCUCAAUUAUUUCAUUAAUUCACCAAUUUUCCCAAAUCCUAACCCUUUUGUCUCUACUCACUCACUCAAUAGCCAUUGAUUUAUCUUCAUUUGAAGAACUACAAAAGAAAAAAAAAAAAAGAAAAAAAAAAGCUUUCUUUCUAAAUUCCAAUGGCUUUGCCUCAAAUCCUACAUUCCCCUCAAUCUUCAUCAUCGUCUUCCUUAAUUCCUCACAAACCCUACUUAAACCCCUCUUCCUACACUAAAACCGCCGUUAAUUUCUUCACUCCUCCCCACCUCCGCCGCCAGCGGCGGCGCAAACCUAACUCACUGUCCUGCUCCGCCUCGUCGUUCUCGGAAAAGCACCACACAAACCCUCCGAAGUCAAACGACGUCGUCGAGCUCCCACUCUUCCCCCUCCCGCUGGUCCUCUUCCCCGGCGCAAUCCUCCCGCUCCAAAUCUUCGAGUUCCGGUAUCGGAUGAUGAUGCACACCCUCCUCCACACCGACCUCCGCUUCGGCGUCAUCUACACCGACUCCGCCACCGGAACAGCCGACGUCGGCUGCGUCGGCGAGGUCAUCAAGCACGAGCGCCUCGUCGACGACCGCUUCUUCCUAAUCUGCAAGGGCCAGGAGCGCUUCCGAGUCACCAAACUCGUCCGCACCAAACCCUACCUUGUGGCGGAGGUGACGUGGCUGGAGGACCGCCCACCCUCCGGCGAGGUGGAGGAUCUAGACACCCUAGCCAACGAGGUGGAAUCGUACAUGAAGGACGUCAUCAGGCUCUCGAACCGGCUCAACGGAAAGCCGGAGAAGGAGGUUCAGGAUUUGAGGAGGAAUCUUUUCCCGACUCCGUUUUCGUUCUUCGUCGGGAGCACUUUCGAGGGGGCCCCACGCGAGCAGCAGGCGUUGCUGGAGCUCGAAGACACCGCCAUGCGGUUAAAGAGAGAGAAGGAGACUCUGAGGAAUACUUUGAAUUACUUGAGCGCUGCUUCUGCUGUUAAGGAUGUUUUUCCAUCUUCAUAAACAAAUUUCGAGAUUGUGAUCAUCGUUACCGGUAACUAUUCGGUAUAUACGCCUAAUACACGCUUGAUUACUUUCGUGGGGGGGAUGUAUAAAACUUUUGAUGUCUAAAUAGCUAAAAUCGAGUUCGUUAUCCGGUUAUUCAUUUCUGUUUUAUUCCUUUGCCAAAAUUCGUGGUGAGAUUGAAUCUUUUGAAGCAGGGGAUGUGAUUGUUCUAUGUUGUAAGAUUAUGUUAUACAGUCGAAUCUGCUUGCCUCGAUUGUUAUAUAUUCUUGUAUCUAUCUUCGUUCUGCCUUUACGGUUGGUUGUAUGCAAGCUAAUUUAUGUAUGUUGCAAAAAACAGGUUAUUUAGUUAAGCUUCAAUGGGAUUUU